CAUCACCGCGUUGCCUUCCACGCAACAGACACAAACCAUAAUAAGCUAUCAAGUACAUGCUAAUCAAUUCUUCUAAUACUGGAGUUUAUUUUAUUAGAAUAACAUAUGAGUGCUUCAUUUUCAAGCAUGGACAGGGUUGAACGGUGAGCACACUUCGGAGCAGUCUGGAAGGAUCUCUAAAUUCCAAAAAUGAACUGUGCAAGCACCUCAGGUUCAGCAGCAGAAGAAACAACAACACCUACAGAAAUGCUCCCGGCACGUUUGGAGAAAAAUGAGUGUGUCCAAAACUCUAAAGAUGAUGCAGAUAAAGACCUCGCUGUUCCAGUCCAGCUGAAAAUUAAGUUCCUCAGUGCUUUGAGGGCAAAAGACCUCCAGCAGGCCAAAAGACUGUGCCGGAUGAUUCUCGUCUUUGAUCCACAUCAUCCAGAAGCUUCUGAGUUCCUCCCUCUGAUCCAGAGGAAGCUGCUUGAGGAGAAACGCGCAAACCAGGAUAGUGACGACAACGAAUGCGAUGACGACAAUGACUCAAGUGAUGAAGAAUCAUCUCAGAAUUCCGAAUGCUUAUCCUCACCAUCAGAUGAGGAUGCUGAAAGUGGGCAAGAAAGUUAGCUGACAAAUACCAUAUCAAUCUGAUAAUUACAACGCAAUCAAUCCUAAUAAAAUGGAUUCCACCUCCAAUAGGUAAGAGCAGCAGCACAGUUGGGUAUGUCUCUAACUUUGUUUACAUG